UCCUAUAAUUGGAGACCUAACGCUGUGAUUCCGAAUUUCUAGAAGAUCUAAGGUCCUUUAACGUAGAGCUUCGCUAAUCUAUUCCGCUAAUUACGCUGCUUCAGUGCAAUGCCGCUGCUCUGCAUGGGGUAAAUUAUACAGUCAGCGGUUGUCGCAAUGAGUUUGAAAGAUACAUAAGCCGGUUCAUAAUACGACACAUCAAUUUGAACAUUGCUCUCCGCCGGUGCAAGUGAACAAGCAAUAUUUUUUGGAAACCUCUUAUCGUGACUCUAAGAUAAACAUGACGAUUUCAAGAACAUUCUGGACGAAAUUCCUUAGUGUAAUUUUCAUAGUUCUCCUUCUACUUGAGGCUAUCGACACCAGACCACCCAAGAAAGCAAAAAGCAGACCUCGUGUAAAGCAUUGCGGAAAGAAGAAUCAUCUGUGCGAACCUGGAUCGAGAAAGCUAUGCUGUGCUGUAGGCUACACUUGUCGAGUGACUGAAAGUUCUUCCAAUCAGACAAAACAGCAAAAGAAAAAGAGAAACUUCGGAACUUGCCAACCAAUUAUACCAAUGAGAGUGAGUGAGAAAGAAAUUGAAGAAAAACGGCCUAUUCCAUCAUUCUGGCUUUAAGAGCAGUUGAUUUAUGAAAAUGGUGAUCUUUUUUUCAUAAACAAUCUGAUGGGAACUCUCACACGCCUUGCUGACCUCAGACAGAAUACCCGCUGUGAACACAAGACUGCUCUAAACAACGCAAUGUUUGCAUUUUGUACUUGUGUGUACGGUUAAUGAUAAAAAGCGUAAUGAAGGCGGCUUUAAGAUAUUGCCUAAAUUAACAAAAGGUGUUGUCCACCUUUUACGGCAUUAUUUAUGUUUAGAUAAUUUAUUUAUAUUCCUCAGCAAUUGUUUAAGGUUCAGUCGAAUACGUAAAAAGCGUAUAACAUGGUAUUGCACUGAGGAUCAUAUAUUUAACAGACUGACUAUGAACAAACCAAUCACAGGAAAGAAAGGACAAAUUUAAAAAUAAAGACAAGGGGAAGGUUAUUUUUAAUGAAUAAGUGCAAAAUUCGACAAUGGUUUUAAAAACACAGAUAUGUGCAGGGGAAAGAAAGCUAUUUAGGAUCACGUGCGCGGAAGGUUUAAGCUUCAAUAUCUCAUAGUUUUAACUUACAACAAUACAUGUAGCUGAAAUUUAUCUCUGUGAUUUCCUGGAGAAAGUCUCCUUUGAAAGUCAACUUUGCUUUUGCCUCUGAAAUUCCCUGGAAGGCAAAAACAAAUUAACGAACUUGUUAUUUAUCUUUCCCCAUUUAAAUAUAUAUUUCCAGCGUAUAUCGACUUGACUCAGGCGCCAUAUUUCGAAAAAGAUUGUCUCCUGGUGUCGUUUUAAGACGAAUGACGUAUAUACCGUAUAUCGCGAUGAAACGCCGGCUGCGUUUCCGGCGUUAAUUCUAAGCGCAGCCUGAUUUGUUUUCAUGAAUAACUGAAAACAUGUUAUAAUUUCAAGCCGCUAUUUAUUAGCGGUCCCGCGUUAAAUCGGUCGAGAAAAUACGGUACAUACCUUUUGCGUGUUGCUGUAUAAACAUAAACAGACCUCAUUACGUGAUUAUUACAAUCCAACCUUUCAGCUUCCAUUUAGUUUGGCUGUCCCUUUCACGAUCCGUAAUUUUGAGCCGAAAUAAACCAGUCAAAAAGCCCCAUUUCCAGUGAGGUCAACAAAAGUGUUUCUCAGCAAUUGUUUUGUCAAUGUUUAGAAAGAAAAAGCAAACUGUCCGUAAUCUCCUCUCUCUUUCUCAACGUUAAAACAAGAUCUAAAUGAGGCUUUGGCUUGCAGUGGCGCCUUAGCUAGCUGCUGGGCAGCACCUUGUGCUUUUUGCUUAUCCCUUGCUAUUUAAUUAAAUAGGUUAGGUCACGAUAGUUUCACACCAUGUUAAAAAGGUUACUCGUGGAGGUAUUACUGAAUUUCAAUAGCAGCUUGGCCCAAAAACGGCCUAACUCUUUAAGGAGCAGCCAUGGAAUCAAAAUUGACCCUACAUGAAACCAUGAAAUUUUCAGUUAGAUUGAUUUGUACUCACUUAAUUAAAGUUCUAGUGAAUCAUUUCUUAGUAUUAGCAAUAUGUUUCUGUUUAAUGGAACAAAGUUACCCAUAUUUAUAUAGAGCUCUUCCUACAAUGGGAGAGUGUGUUUUAUUUUAGCAGUGUGAGUGUGGUAUUAAAUAAUAUAAUUAUAUUGAAAGCCAUAGUUCCGGAGUCAGAUUAUCUAGCGAUUCCUGCAAUUCGUAUGUAAUUUACAUUCACCUAAAUUACUUUAAAAAAAAAUGAUAUCAAACCAGAGUGUUACAAAUGAGAGUGUUGAAAUAAAUUCCUCCUUUUUUAAAUCUUGCAA